AUGGAGACGUAUGGCAUUGGACAGGCAUACCAUGCUACACGGCCGAUAAGGCGGCGAGCUUCUCUUGCAUGCGACACGUGCCGACGCCAAAAGGAGAAGUGUGAAGGAGGUCCUCCGUGCUGGCGAUGUCAGAGGCUCGGCCGACCGUGUACUGUGCGUGGUCGUGUCCUACACAGUCAGACUGAGAGUAUGCUAGACCGACCGCCAGCAAGUCGAUCACGGGUGGAAGGACUGGAACAUAUCGUCCGUCAUUUUCUUGGGGAUGUCCCGUUGGACGAAGACAAUGUCAGCCGUAUUGUUGCGCGAUUGGGAAGCACACCACAAGGGGAGGCGCCGAACGUUGACGAGCCGUUUGAUGUGCAAUUUGUUUCGAAGAAUAUCGCUCACUAUUCGGGCGAGUUCUCUCACUGGAACUUCUCGCAAAAACUGCGACGAAAGAUCAACUCGCCCAUUGAGCGCUUUGAGGUAAAAGAGUAUUGGCGUCCGACACAGCUGCAAUCCUCGACGCAUAUGGUCUCUCAAGUAAUGAGCCAUUUACCCCCACGACCAAUCGCAACGUUCUUGGUCAGCAUGUUCUUCAAAUACUCUGAAGGAAAUGUCUUCUACAUGGAACAAUCAUGGCUCGAAGAGAAGCUCGAUCGCUGUUACAUUCAGUCGGCAGAGUACAGCUUGAGUGAUAUUCCCUGGGUGUGCUCGGUCUUCGCAGUGUUGGCGAUUGGCACCCAGGUCGCACAUAUGGAGGACCAGUCCGCAACCGAAGAUCUGAAUCUCUGCUCAGAAGACUCAGUGGGUCUUUCGCUCUAUCAUAUUGCAUGCAGGCUGGUACCGGAUGUUAUCCUUGUGGCCUCGCAUGAGAGUGUACAGGCGUUCCUGCUUCUCGCUUUAUAUGCCCUCCCGCUGUCGACCGGAGGCCUAUCUUACUCUUACCUCGGCAUUGCGGUGAAGAUGGCUAUUCAAAAUGGAAUGCACCGCAAGUACGUUGGAGAGGAAUGUGGAGCGGGAAUUAUCGAGACGAGAAACCGGGUAUUUUGGUCUGCGUACAGUCUAGACAGGAGGAUUGGCAUAUUUCACGGUCGCCCAGCAUCUAUCUCCAAGUCAGAUAUCAGCACCGACCUGCCGGCGGACGACCCAUCAUUCUCAUCCCCAGCUUAUGCAAACAUGAUUGCAUUUAUUAAGCUAAGUUCAUGGCUGGGAGAAGUGUCAGAAACACUAAUCCUCCUCCGCAAUUGCCGAAAGCGAUUCAUACAGGAGUACCUCGAGCGCCUAAUGCAGAUACGCACGCACGUCGAGGAGUGGUGGAACUCACUAUCCUGCCAGGACACGACACCCGAAAACCCGCUCUUCCGCCAGAAUUCACACCUGAAGCUCGCAUAUCUCCUAAUAUACAUCUAUAUGGGCCGACCAUUUAUGUUCACGGACGACUGGAAGGACUCACGAAGCGACAAUAACGAGCCCAGAGCUAUCCUGGUGCAAAACUGUGUGCAGAGCGCCCUCCAAAUCAUCGAGACGCUACAGACACUGGCAAGCCAGACGGGCCUCUGUCGUGCCUCGUAUACAGAGUUUAGUUCCUGUCGCGCUGCGCUUCUCGUCAUUCUUGCGGAGCGACUAAACUCGCGCACGGCGCAUCUAUUUGAGGAGGAGCUGGCGCGCGGAAUGGCCCUAAUCCGUCGCAUGACGGGGGGGAGUUCGUCCGAGUCGGAGAUCUCCUAUCUUCAAUCGCUCGAUGCUGCUAUACGCCAGGCUUCACUCGCCAGUAACAAUGUACCUCAGUCGGGACAGCGACCCUCUGCCUACGCGCAGUUCAAACAUUGGACACAAGCGAUGAAGAGCGAGACCGGCUCGGGGAACCCGAGUGAAUUAUCCUCGUUUAGUCCCCUCUCGUUUCUCAACUCGGAACCGGGAACCUUUGGACAUCCGCGGAUAAACGAGGUGGCAGACCUGGUGGAUACUGACUGGCUAAGUGGUGACUUUCCGCUGGGCCCUGAUGCCGAUGGCUUUGCUCCGUUUCAGACUGAAUAA